AUGUCGCCGGCACAGCCUAUCAAGUUCAAGCCCCGUCCUGACCGCUUGUUGGAGGCAUCAACAUUCGUCUCCAACUCGUACCUAUCCUCGUCGCCCAUUGCGCAAGAAAUCCUAGCUAGGGACCUUGCAGAAUGCUGCGAUGACUACGGAACCCACGACUGCCGCUGUGGGCACGACUAUGACGAUGAUGUCGACUUUGAGACCGAGCCCCUGGAGGUGACCAACGCCCAAGGCUCAUCCUUUGCACCGAGAUCUAGUGGUGUAGCCUAUGGCACCUUGAGACCCAUCAUCACGACUGAGACAGCUGCAAGCUCAGAUGUCGCACUCUCUCGUGAUGCCGAGAGGAGUCUACUUCGGGACAACCAUAUCCUCCCUCCUAAGCAUCGUCGAGGACUUGCCGAGCCAGCCUGGAGGCAGAUGUAUCGGCGGAUGUUCAGUACCAAAGUACCUCAGAGCGAUGAGGUUGGCCCUAUCAUUUCGGCAUCCUCCACAAAAGCCCUCGAGAGCACACCUCUGCUGCAAGACUUCUACCUGGACCCGCCGUCCCCGACCGAGAGCGAAGAGAUCAACCGAUGGGAAGCGGCGGUAGCUGCCAAUGUCCUCAAAACAACGUGGCAGCGCGAAGCCCAAACUCUCACACAAUACUCGAGGUCGUUGAUCAUCACAUUCCUUCUACACUACUCGGUCACUGUCACAAGUGUUUUCACUGUGGGCCGCAUUGGUCGUCUGGAACUUGGAGCCGUCAGUCUCGCCACCAUGACCGCCAACAUCACCUGCUACGCCCCAGUUCAAGGCCUCUCAACUUGCCUGGAUACGCUCUGUGCCCAAGCCUAUGGAUCUGGCCACAAACACUUGGUCGGACUGCAGCUUCAGAGAAUGACAUAUCUGUUGUGGAUGCUGCUAGUUCCCAUUGUUACCCUGUGGUGGUUUUCAGGAAGCGUGCUAGCCUCGAUCAUUCCGGAGCCCGAGACAGCUGCGCUGGCGGGACUGUACCUCCGGGUGCUGAUUCUCGGGACACCUGGCGUUGCGGCAUUCGAGAGCGGCAAGCGCUUCGUGCAGGCUCAGGGUCUGUUUCACGCAACAACUUUUGUUCUUCUCAUUGGCGCUUCAGUCAACAUCUUUGCCAACUGGCUCUUUGUAUGGAAAAUGGGAUGGGGGUUCACGGGCGCUGCAACAGCCGUCGUCUUCACGCAGAAUCUUCUUCCAUUCCUGCUUUUCCUCUAUGUUCGGUUCAUUGAAGGCAUGGAGUGCUGGAAUGGGCUCACUCGACGAGCUUUCAGCAACUGGGGGCCAAUGGUCAAGCUUGCUCUUCCUGGAAUGAUCAUGGUUGAAGCGCAGUAUUUUGCCUUUGAGGUUCUCACACUGGCAGCCAGUCAAUUCGGCAGUGCUCAUCUUGCCGCACAGAGCGUCGUUGUCACGGUGACGUCCACGACAUUCAACAUCCCCUUUCCACUUUCCAUCGCGGCCUCAACACGCGUGGCAAACCUUAUCGGGGCCAGAUUAAGUGGCGCUGCGAAGACCAGCGCAAAAGUGGCACUCGUGGCUGGAUGUCUGGUGGGACUGUUCAACCUCGCCCUGCUCAGCAGCCUCCGAUUCAAGAUACCGUACCUCUUUACAAAUGACGAAGAGGUUGCAGCCAUCGUGUCAGAAGUGCUACCCAUAUGCGCUGUCCUGCAACUGUUUGACGCCCUGGCAGCAAUAUCACACGGCCUUCUCAGGGGUAUCGGGAGGCAGAGCAUUGGUAGCUUCACCAACUUGGGUUCGUACUAUCUCGUGGCGCUGCCUAUCUCGUUCUCGACUGGAUGGGUUCUUGGAUGGAAACUGGAGGGGCUCUGGUUCGGCAUUGCCAUUGGCCUAGCAGUUGUUUCGAGCGUGGAGCUCUGGUACCUGUACCAGGCUAAUUGGGACCAUGCUGUGGAAGAGGCGGAGAUGAGAAUGCGUUCGGAUGAUGUCUGUCAUGGGGAGUUUAAAUGA